AGAUGAUGAUAUAGGUAUAGAUAUUGAACACCCUAUUAAUUUAGUUGAAAGUGAAACCCAAGUUAAUUUUACAUCAAGUAAUGAAGAUCCUACUACAACAAAUAUAAUUAGAGGUGGAUGA